AUGGAGUACAAGACAGCUGGUCAGCGGGCGAAUUUCGUACCGUUCUGAAAAUAUAUUUUUCAGCUGGAACUCCUAGUAUCGUAAAAACUGUCCGAGGAAUUACAGUCCUCGAGUCGCUCGAUUUGAACAAGAUCUCCAAAACUUGGUUUGAGACAAAGACAGAGUUUGAGCAACAAAAGUUUGGUUGGUUUGCUUGUACUGGCGGGCAUAUCAGACUUCACCUGACCAUUGAGAGAAGCGCGUUUGUUUGUGGCGAGGCCAUCGCGUUCCUCGGUAUACAUUCCUUCCUGUCUUCCCAUUUGUGAGGUCUUUGCAGGGAAAAUCGAGAAUAAAAGUGAUCGGAGAAUCGAAAAGGUCUCUGUCUGUCUGAUGAGAAAUACUCGUUUCGGAAAUGACGUAGAGGAUGACGUCGAAGUAGGCGUUCUGUAGGAAUUCGCAAUAAAUUUACUGAGAAUAUUUCAGAACACGACUGUAGAUAACCAACUGAUUCAGGAAGACCUAAUGGCAAUGUACAUUGAAGAAGGGUGCGUCAACAAAAUCGAUAAAAAAGUUCAUAUUCCGUGCACGGCGCCGUCCACUCCACUUCCGAUCCUUUUUCGCUCGGGCCAGUUGGACGGAAACAAGUUCCAAUUACGUCGUAAAUCACAACUUGGAAGAUUAUCCCUGACCAGUCAAAAGUCGAGACAAUCAAUCUCGUCAUCCUCCAACAUGCAACGCAUUCUGGCCAUAACUUAUACAUUCGCCAUCAAAGUGAGAGCUAAUGGAGUGGAUGUGAUUGAAUUGAGUGUGCCCGUGGUCAUUGGGACUAUUCCACUGAUUGAUCAUGUCAAUUCUGGAGAGACGUUAGUCAAAACAGAACAUAACUUUAACCGGAAUGAGUAUUUUGCCAGGAGUGACCCUCUGGACCGUCCUGUUUUCAACCUUUGCCGUCAAGACAAACCGAUUCCGCUCUUGGAUGAAAAGGAGAGAAGCCUCUGCAACAAAGCCCAGGUCGAGCUCAAAUUCCGUCGAGAAUCGAUAAUCCUUAUUUUCAGCUGCAACACGUGAACAAGUACCCCUUCUUUGCCACUCUUCCGACGUCUUCGAAGCAAAGCAAGAAACUCUGCGUCAUUGCACAAACGAUCAAAACGGAGAACCGUAUCAUGAACACCAUGCGGGGUGUUGUCGACGAAGAAAAAUUCUAA